CGCUUCCGCCCUAGUGCGCAUGCUCAGCGGGGCCACGGUUCUCCGACCGGCUGUGGUAGUGUCAGCUCCUGUGAAGGAAGUUUCCGCUUUGCACCCCACCCGGAUCACAGUUCGGUUGUAGGACCCGCUCCCUCCCACACCACAUCAGCGCAUCCGGAUCAUGGGGCUACCCAAAGGGCCAGAGGGCCAGGGGCUCCCCGAGGUGGAAACGAGAGAAGAUGAAGAACAAAAUGUCAAGUUGACUGAAAUUCUGGAGCUCUUGGUUGCAGCUGGGUAUUUCAGAGCAAGGAUUAAAGGCUUGUCUCCUUUUGACAAGGUAGUGGGAGGGAUGACGUGGUGCAUCAGCACCUGCAACUUCGACGUGGACGUGGAUCUGCUCUUUCAGGAAAACUCUACCAUCGGGCAAAAAAUAGCUCUAUCGGAAAAGAUCGUCUCAGUUCUCCCAAGGAUGAAGUGUCCCCACCAGCUGGAGCCCCACCAGAUCCAGGGCAUGGAUUUUAUUCACAUAUUCCCUGUUGUGCAGUGGCUGGUGAAGCGAGCUAUAGAAACAAAGGAAGAAAUGGGCGACUACAUCCGCUCCUAUUCUAUCUCCCAGUUCCAGAAGACCUACAGCCUCCCAGAGGACGAUGACUUCGUAAAGAGAAAAGACAAGGCCAUCAAGACCGUUGUUGACCUCUCAGACACCUACAAGCCCCGUCGCAAGUACAGACGGCAGCAGGGAGCGGAGGAGCUGCUGGACGAGGAGUCCCGAGUCCACUCCACGCUUUUGGAGUACGGCAGGAGAUACGGAUUUAGUCGCCAGAGCAAAACGGAGAAGACUGAGGACAAGAAAACCACGCUUGCCGCAGGGCUGUCGGCCACAGAGAAAACGGAUGCUCAUGAAGAAGAUGAGCUUCAAGCAGCUGAGGAGCAGCGCAUUCAGACGCUGAUGACCAAGAUGACCGCCAUGGCGAGUGAGGAGAGCCGCCUCACCGCAAGCUCCGUGGGCCAGAUCGUGGGUCUCUGCUCUGCUGAGAUCAAGCAGAUUGUGUCUGAGUAUGCAGGAAAGCAGUCUGAGCUGUCUGCUGAAGAAAGUCCAGAAAAGUUAGGAACCUCCCAACUGCAUCAGCGGAAAGUCAUUUCCUUGAAUAAACAAAUUCUGCAGAAGACCAAACAUCUAGAAGAGCUGCAAACAAAUCACAGCAGCCUCCAGGCCAAGUACAGUGACAUGAAGAAGACACUGACAGAGCUAAAGAAUCAUGGUGAGAAACUAGACAAAGAACAGGCAGCCCUGGAGAAAUUAGAAGCCAAAGCUGACCCAAGCAUUCUCCAGAGCCUGCGAGCCCUCGUAGCCAUGAAUGAGAAUCUGAAAAGCCAGGAGCAGGAGUUUAAGGCGCACUGCCGGGAGGAGAUGGCUCGUCUGCAGCAGGAAAUUGAGACCCUGAAAGCUGAGAGAGCACCAGGCGACAAGACUGUCUCCAGUGGAGAGCCACAGGGUGCCGCGACCUCCACCAUGACUCACAAUGAGGACCUGGACAGACGGUACAACAUGGAGAAAGAGAAGCUGUACAAGAUCCGCUUGCUGCAGGCACGAAGAAAUCGAGAAAUAGCGAUUUUGCAUCGCAAGAUUGACGAAGUGCCCAGUCGAGCUGAGCUGAUACAGUAUCAGAAGCGAUUUAUUGAACUCUACCGUCAGAUUUCCGCGGUGCACAAGGAAACCAAGCAGUUCUUCACUUUGUAUAACACUCUGGAUGACAGAAAAGUGUAUCUGGAAAAGGAGAUUAGCCUGCUUAACUCAAUUCACGAGAACUUCUCACAAGCCAUGGCCUCCCCUGCUUCCCGGGACCAGUUUUUAAGGCAGAUGGAACAAAUCGUCGAAGGCAUUAAACAAAACAGAAUGAAGAUGGAAAAGAAGAAGCAGGAGAACAAAAUGAGAAGGGACCAGUUGAACGAUCAGUACCUGGAGCUGCUGGAAAAGCAGCGGCUCUACUUCAAGACCGUGAAAGAGUUCAAAGAGGAGGGCCGGAAGAACGAGCUGCUGCUGUCCAAGAUCAAAGCCAAGGCCUCCUGAACGUCCACCUCCACUUCUGUAUGUUGUUGGGACUUUUCUGAUGGCAUGUACAGACUACAGGAUCCCAAAACGGUUAUGAAAAUGGCCGUGGAGAGAUGCGGGAAGAUUCAUUUCAACUCUCUGGAUGGAUGUUUUCUUUCCACUGUUUCGUUUCAUCUCUCCUGGCUGCAGCUGGUAGCCUCAGACAGUGACACCGUGGCUUGGGUGGCAUCCUAGGACCCUAUGAAGAAUCGUGGGCAGUGCUCAUUCACUGUCCACUCAACUUUUUUUCUCCAGUAACACUGCAUUUAUGAAGGUACCCGGGUUUGUACGGGCCCUGAGAAUAAAGAGCAUUAUGUUCAGCAAGUAUUAAUUGAGCAACUGCUGAAAAAUGAGCCCUGGGGUAAAUGUAGCAGAAUACAGAGCAUUGUCCCUUUCUCCUCUGGCAUCUAGCAGGGACAGAGAGCAGAUACAACCCUCCUAACCCUAAAGCUUGCCCCUUGUAAUGCUUCCGAAGGCUGCUGAGUGAGCAACCAGCCCAUUGGUGUUGCUGGCUUUGGCCAUACCCCAACCGUUGUGCCUUUUGUUCUGGCCUCUCACAGUGCAUACAGACUAUAGGCUGGGCUGGCAUGCUGAGCAAUUAGCCCAUGGGUGUAGAGACUAAAUCAGGAGAGGUUCAGGUUUACUAGCGUUCACUUGUCUGUGUUGGGAAGACUAAUAUAAAGUGACCGUGAUGGGUUUUAGAGAUGGGAACCCUUCCUCUGGAGCCAUGCUUCUCUGGUGUUUCCUUUGGCAUGGCUGUGGGUCUGUCCAGCCCUCAGGCUAUAUGUGGUCAAGGAGAGCUGUCAGGGUAUCAGCGUCGUCCUUCAACCCUGCACAUCACCAGGCUCACUUGAUGGAAACGCUGCAAAUGCACCUUCCGCUGAGGACUCUUCAAUUAGCAUUGAAGCCUCCCACAUCAGGAUGGGUCCUUGUUUGAAGCAUACCCCAUGUUCCUGCACUGUCGGGAUCUAAGUAGAGACUAAGAUGUGUGUGCUGUUCAGUUUUAUCAGCGCAGGCAUAGGGAAACAUAGCAGGGGCUGAGCAGGGAGGAACGGCAGAUUUGUACAUAGGGGCACAAGGACUCCAUGCAGGAAACAACACUUGGGCUAGAUCUAAAAGGAACAGGAUGUUAGCUGAAAUAGGAGGAAGGGCCUUUAAUAGCCCCUGAAGGGUUGGUUUUAGACUCUGGAAAUGAGCAGAGCGAAGAGAUUGCAGAAUACUCCCCCAGCAAUCAAGAACCUAGCAACUGGGUCCUGCUCAGUAAACCCCAGUGUGAGGUUUGAGCUCCAGUCUGCGUAGAUUUGGCGGACACAUGUUCUAAACAGCAGGUUGGGACCGUUUGACAGAGGCAUAAAUAUGGGAGGCAGGUGGAGCACUGCGCAGUCACAGAAGCACUGCUCAUUUCUCGUUUCCUAAUGUAUGUGGUUAAGAGAGGCGGGAGUCAUACGGACUCAGGAAAGAGGUGCUGGGGGCAGUUGGUGGAGCUCUUGCCGAGGUUCCAUCCCUAACAUUACAUAAACCAGGCAUGGUAGGUACACUUGGGAUCCUAGCUCUCAGGAAGUGGAGUCAGGAGGAGCAGGGUGUCAAGGUUAUUCAAGAUUGAACAGCAAAAAGGAAACCAGCCUGGGCUACAGAAGACUGUCUCCCAUGCAGGCCUAAGAGCAUCACGUGUUCCUGACCCAGGGGUCACUGAGCUGUGAUGAGCUGGGUAGGAGCGGCAGCACCCAAAGCAUCACUCCCCUGUGCCAGCCCACUUCCUAGAGAGCCAUGUGCGCAGGUUCCGCUGUGACCUGGUGGUCACAGGAACACUGAGAAAGGCUCAGCUGUGGAGUGAUGCGCUGAGGGAGGAGGCGGCAUCGGGACUGUGUUAGAACUCCCAGUUCAGAGAGGACCAUCACCUUACCUUGAGAGGAGGCUCGUCCACCCAGAACUCUGGCUGAUGUCAGUGUUUGACCACAGGUGUUGGGAGGGAAGUGGGAACCGGUGAGGUUCAAGGUCUCUGGAGCCCACUGUCUGUGUCUGGGAGAGGUCUGGAAUACCUGAUCUAAAGCAACCAUAAUUGGUUUUGGAGAUGGAAACCUUUAUUUGGUAUUGUUUCCGGGAGUUACUUUGGUAUGGCUGUAGGCAUGUUCUGCCACAGGCUGCCCGCAGCCAGGGAUAGCUGUGAAUGUGAUCCAAUACCACAUUUUAAAGUGAUUUAAAACAUGGAGGUUCUUUUCCCUCUCUGUUUCUUUACGCUGUGUACUCUGUGUAGACUUUGUAGAUGACAGUAUCGUGCUAUAACAUCAAAAGCUUGAUCACUCCUGGUAGGAAGAAAUUGGUAGACACCGUAUCCCAUUUUUUAACUCACAAGACUUAAUACAGACGGCGAGAGAUACGUGUUGCUAGCUCUACAGUGCCAGGUGUGAACUCCUUCCGGAGGAGCAGGCCACAGAUCUAAACAAAAUGCAGUUGGCUCCCCCCGUAACAGCCAUUCCUCUAUUGCACCAAUGCUCACAUCUUGCCGAGCUGGUUGGUAUUAUAGCAUGCAAGUUCAUAGCUGGGUAAGACUGUUGACGACACCCUCCCCGCAGCUCUCUGUGCAGCAGCAUCUGCCACUAUGAAAGCUCGCCAGCAGGGAGAAAGAAAGCCCCUGGCUUGGAUCUACCGUGAUUUCUCUGUCCUACAUUCAAAGUGUGUGGCAUCUAAAGUAGUAGUGUCUUACCAUCUGGUGUUCUAGUGGGAGACCAUGAGCGAUGGCUGACCUGUAUUUUGAAGCCUUCUGGGUUGACUAGGCUGGUUGAACACUCUUUGAAUUGGCUGCAGAAGUCAGCACUGAGAAUCCUGCAUUUGCUUCCAACAUCCUGAAACAUGACAGCACCUUUGUGGGUAAUUCCAGCAUGAAGUAGGCUGAGGAGAUUCCCCGAGGGCCCUGGUCAUUUCAGAAUCUACCUGGAGACUGGUGAAAGGGAGGGGCCUACCAGGGCAGUGUCUUCUGUGCCCAGACAUGUUAUAGCAUUGAGUUCUGAGCUUUCUGGCUUUUUCCCAGAAUUAUAAGACAGUGGAGAAACGUCUGUAAGUGACUUUUUUUUUCCAGUGUGCAGAAACCAGACUCAGAGCAGUGAGACUGUUCACUGGGCCGGUGCCCAGUGCCAUGCAUUCUUAGGACCAAUCUGCAGGUCGGGAGCCGCCUUCACUCCUCCUUGCUUCUCAUGGAGUACCCAGGGGUGCUCUGAUAACGAUCAGGCUCAGAGCAGCUGUGAGCUGGGCUAGAAUAAGUUAAUAGUGAAAGGCUGGGAGGAUGUGAGGACAUGUUCUCCCAUGUUUGUGUUUAGUCAGCCAGCACCACAGGGCUGCACAUAGUACCACCGAACAACUGCCAACCUGCAUCCAGAGGGGUGGUGUUUUUCCUACUGAAGCAGAGUCCAUGCUGGGCAUAAGCUCCUGUUUAGCCUGCUCUUGCAAAUGGAGUUCUGGUCUGUAGCCCUUGGUUCAAGAACAGUGAAGAUGCAGACUGGUAGUGGAACCAAACCAGCAUAGGUCACCAGGCAGGGCUUUUCCUCUCCAGAGUGUUCCUGGAGAUCUCCCAAACCCUUGAACAAAGCAAGGGCAGGCCCUCCAGCAGCCCUCUUCCUACCUCACAGAGUGUCAUUCCCAUGGAUUGUCACUUUGGCAGACUCUCAUCUUACCUAUCCUGAGUAAAGUAGGCACUACCUGAAGGGUAGUAGGACCCCAGCCUGCCCUGCAGCCUGUACAUCCCACAUUCCCUCUGCUCCCCAUGGUUCUAGCCUGCCUGUUCUCCAGGUGGUGGAUGUCAGUUUUCUAGAAGUAACUUCUAGCCGUGACUUUGCUUGUCUAGGUUCAGAUGGUUAAAUUGAAAUGUGCCCUGAGAAAUACUGUAAGGAAGUGUUGUAUAGUGUAUUCGUUGCCAGUGUUGGUCACCAAGAAACAGAACACCUUAAUAGAGAGCAGUGCCAUGGUGAGUGUCAUGGGUGCUAUUGCCCAUUCUUAAAGCUGAGCGUGGCCAGAGGAAGAGCCUUAUGAGAUGCAUCUUAGAGUCUGCCAUGCUCCCCCUAGCAGCAGGUGGCAGCAGGCCAAAGUUGUACAUAAAAGUCAGUAAAGUGCUUGUCUUGCAAGCAUGAGGACCUUGGUUAGGAUCCCCAGUAUCCAUGUAAAGAGCCAGGCCUGGCCAUAUGUUUGUGUAUUCCUGGCACUAGAGAGGCAGGGACUGAAGCAUCUCUGGGCCUCACUGACCAGCCAGACUAAAUGAAUUGGUAAGCUUCGAGUUCAGUGAGAAAACCUGUCUCAUAGAAUAAGGUGGCACGCAAUCACGAAGCCAUCUGAGUUGUCCUUUGGCCUUCAUGUGCACAGGCACAUACAUACACGUGCACGCACAUAUCCCAUGCACAUAUAGGAGCAUACACAUACAAAAAAGUAAUGAAUGUGUUCCAUCUUCUCAGAAUAAAUAUGAUGUGUAAGAUCGUGAGUGGGCUUUGGGAUCUCAUCUGCAGUGUGUCUGACAUUCUGUAACCCCAUCAGCCUGUGUCAGUUUCCUAGAUGGACCAAGCUCACCCUCCGUGGGUAUUUUCCUCACGUGCUCCCUGAAGAGGACUCUCUCCUCUCCCUGAUUUGGAGUAGUGGCUUUUGAUCACCUGUGUGUUCCCUUUUACAUUGGCCUCCUGAUCAUAUCACAGUCCACCCACCACACCCCUGUUGUCUGUCCUAAUGACACAUGGCACUGCUUACGGCCCCCAGUGCUUUGUAAGGUCUGCAUCGUCCCUCUCUGCAAUGUGUAAGGGCAGCAGAAGCAGGGACCUUGCCCGCUUCAUUGUGGUUCCCCAGACAAGUCAGCACAUCCACUUGGUGAAGUUGGCUCCCCAAAUUGUAUCUUAACAUUCUGUAGCAGCAAGCUAUAGAUUGAACCUAAUCCAUGCUUGGGUUGAAGCAGGCUGGCGGCUCUAGUAGCAGCAUUAGAGAAGCUUUCAUUAGUCACCAACCUUGAAGGUCGGAAUGGAAAAAGUUUUCCAGAAGUUUCCAACCUUUAACCAAGAUCACCUUCUGAAGAUGCCCAGUAUUGUGGCAGGGAGGGCACAGCAGUGUCAGACAGGGUGAUGAGUUUCUUCUUCUUUCAGAUGUGGUAGAUACAUCUUAGCCACGUGAAUUCACGAAAAUGGGUGGUACUGUCCAACUGUGGGCAGCAGCAUCCCAUACAGGGACGGCAGAGCUGCAAACCUGUGGCCUCCUUGGAGGACAACUGAACAGUAUGUUUAUCACAAGUCCAAGUGUACCGCCUUUUGAACCAGCAGUGCCACGUCUAGGAACUUUUCUUAUGUAUGGAAACUUUUAUUAAAGCAAUGUUUGUAAUAACACGAAGUUGGAAACUAUCAUUAAUUCAGAACAGGGGUGAAAAAUCAUGGCCCAUCUCUACAAUGGGGCAUUUUGCAGACAUUUAAAAGAAAAGGUCUGUGAUAUAUAUUGAUAGGAAGUGUUCACAGACCUUGAAGCCACAUGGUUAAGUGGGAGAAGAAAACAUAAAUGAACAUUCAUGAAAUGCCAGUGUUUGGAAUAGAGAUAAAUACAUGUGUUGUAGGCGUGUAUGCAUAUGUAUGUUUGCAUAUACUCACAUAAAUGCUUGUGAUACGUCUGCUUGCCUGUGCCCAGGGUGUCCCUGAAAAGUGACACAGAAUGCUGGCAACCUUGGUUGUCUCUUGGAAAAUGGUGGGAAUGACUUUUCACCGCUUGUCUUUUGUAUUCUGGAAUUUUGUACCAUGUACAUGCACUAUCUACUCAAAAAUAAAUAGUUUUUGAAGUUUAA